CAUCUGUUGCAGUACCAACAAACUCCGUCUACCGGCCUUCAACCUGUUGCGACGACGACAUUCGACUGCAGUAAACUCAACAAUCUGAGAUUGACGUAUUUUCUCGUGCGAGAGGUCGAUAAGUCUCUCCAGUAACAGCUCUUACGUCAGGUAUUCAAAUUUGGUGUGGAUAUCUGAGCCUACCAUUACAGUCAGCAUGAACAGAGAGGAGCAGGAAUUUUCGUUACGCUGGAACAACCAUGAAAACAACCUAUGUCUGGUUCUGGAAUCUAUGCUCAAAAGAGGAGCUUUGGUGGAUGUGACCUUGUCCUGUGAGGGCAAAUCAUUACGUGUCCACCGGGCCAUCCUCUCUGCGUGCAGUCCAUACUUUGAGGAACUUUUCAUAGAAACAGUUCACUCACACCCAAUUGUUAUCCUGAAGGAUGUCAAAGCUGAAGAGCUUCAAGCUCUAAUUGAUUUUAUGUACACUGGCCAAGUCACUGUAAGCCAGAGCAAGCUGGCUGGUUUCUUGAAAACUGCACAGAGCUUGAAAGUUAGAGGCCUUGCUAAUGCACAACAGUACCAAGAGGAACUUGCAACAAAUCCUGAAAGUCACAUUCCUCCACGCAAAAGGAGGAGAAAUUACUCUGCUGAUGUCAGUCAAGCCUCUUUCCCUGUAGACUCCAAAGACCAAGGCCAACCCAUUGAGGAAACACCAACUGAUUUAUCUCUCCCAAAAUUUGAACCUGAAGUUUCAUUUCAACCUGUCAUCCAAGCAGUUUCCUAUUCUGCUAUAGAUCCUAGCAAUGCCAAGCACAAAAUUUACCUGAAACCCAAAGAAGCCUUAAUAUCUCCCCCUUCAUCUGAACUAAGCGAAGCCUCGGAUAAAUCUAUUCAUGAACAGGAAAGUCCCCCACGAGUAACGUCGAAUCCAGAUGAAUUCCGAAUGAACUUUAGGCAUGAAACCCGAAUGUUUGCUGAAACUAAUAACGAACCCGGUACCUCUUCCCAUAGUUAUAGCGACGAAGAAGAUGGAGACCAAAGUUUUCAAGACUCGGAAAUAGGUACGCCCAUGGUACGAAGUGGAAUAUGCAAUGUUUGUGGUUGUUUCCGAUCAGAUUUGCGUCAGCAUAUGGAAAGCCAUAGCGGGCAAAGUUUUCAGUGUCAUCUUUGUGGCCGUGCAUAUCCUCGCCGAAAAACAUUGAAUCAACAUAUUAAAAGGUCACAUCAAGUUUAUGCCCGGGCGACACAAUCUACUGAAUCAGUCGUAGAUUCCCGCUCAUCAGUGGCCAACCACGGAGAACAUAUCUGAUCUCGUGUUUGGCCGUUCAAUUAGCAUUUUGAUGAUGUGUUGCUGUAUUGCUUUUACAACAUUCAACCAAAGCUCUCCAAGGAGACGCACUUCUCAAAUGUCAAGCCACUUGAGGUGUGGCUUUAAAGUAGUUUGAGUACCUGAUAAUCUAGAUUUUGGACUCGUUAUGCAAAGGUCAUAUAAUUUGAAAUAGAUUUCUGUUGGACAGAACGCGGAGACAGUGAAUGAGUUUGGUGCCCGUCAGUUUGUUAUGUUAUGCCUGUUCCUCAUGUUCUCUAGCAGUUGCAGAGUAAAUGAAUUAUAAUAGUAAGGUGGUCUGUUUCCGAAGUGUUAUAGUCGUGUUCUUCCAUGGGGUAUUAAUUGCAUAUAUGUACACACAUUUUAUGAAAUGAAUAAACUAAGCUUAAUAACUUAAAA